AUGCAUUCGAUAAAUCCUGCUAAAGUCGGUGAAAGGCUUUCAGCCGCUCUUGUGGAUGAGUGGGCGGUCACAAAUCCUCAACAACUCUUUUGCUACCUCCCAAAUGGCUCAAGCCCGUCUGACGGAUUUCAUGAUGUAUUGUUUGCCGAUGUUGCACAUGCUACGAAUCACCUGUCUUGGUGGAUCGACACUACCAUCGGCCAUGGAUCAGGCGAGACACUCUCCUACAUAGGUGCAAACGACUUGAGAUAUCUUGUUCUCUUUCUUGCCUGUAGUAAGGUGGGAUACAAGCUAUUUCUGCCAUCCACAAGAAAUUCCAACGAAGCAUUUUCACAUUUAUUCAAGAAGACUCAGUCAACCAUACUGCUACACUCCGCUGAACUUCUGGAAAAAGCGCAAACUCUUGGAAAUGUGCAUCCGAAUCUGAAGACUCUGGUACUUCCAUCGUGGGAGGAUUUAGUCAAUGGCAAAACUAGAUACUACCCUUACACAAGUACUUUUAGUGCUGAUGUGGAUAAUGUCAUUUUGAUACUGCACACAUCUGGAACAACUGGACUUCCGAAGCCAAUCUACCUGACACAUGGCUAUUUUGCUGCAUUUGAUAACAUUUCGCGUUGUCCCCUUCCGCCAGGCAGGGAACUUGCUAUUCCCUCCGGAUUUUAUUCCAAGGACGAUUCAAUGUUGACAGUCACACCAUUCUUCCACGUAAUGGGUUUUUCUGCUUUCAUUCAAGCCAUUUUCAACGGGGCGCCAUUCGCGAUUCCUCCUCUCAAGCCAUUGUCAGGGGAGCUUAUCAUCAAUACUAUCAAGACUCUCAUGCCCCGAGCGGCUACUCUGCCCCCAUCUCUGAUUGAAAAUAUCUGCAGCACAAAAAUGGGAAUGGAUUGUCUCAGUCGCUUAGACUAUCUCUUUUUUGGAGGAGCUCCCCUGGCCUUUGAUAUCGGCGAGGCGUUGCGAGAAAGGGUGCGCUUGAUCUCACUCAUUGGCUCGACUGAGAUGGGGGUGAUACUGUCGAUGGCCCCAGAGGAAAGUGCGGAUUGGGCAUAUUUUGAUUGGGCCCCGAACUCCAACGUCUAUAUGGAUCCAGUUGAUAGCGAAUUGCACGAGCUAGUGAUCCGUCGAGGCAAGGACCGCAAGGUUCACGGAAUCUUCCAUACAUUCCCUGAUCUCAGGGAAUAUCGGUCACAGGAUCUCUUUCGACGACACCCGAAUAGAGCAAAUCUGUGGCGUUAUGCCGGACGUUUAGACGAUGUUAUUGUUCUCAGCAAUGGUGAAAAGUUCAAUCCUAUUGCUACUGAGAAGGCCAUAGAGGCACACCCAUUGGUCUCAAAAGCCAUAGUCGUCGGACAAGCAAGAUUUCAAUCCGCUAUGCUUAUUGAACCAAACUGGGACCUGUGGACAGAUAAUGAACAUACAGUUGAAGAUUUCUUGGGUGAAGUCUGGCCAUUAGUUGAAAGAGCAAAUGAAAUGGUCCCCGCAUAUGGGCGAGUGAUGUUCAAUCGCAUUGGUCUUGCGUCGAAAGCGAAGCCCUUCAAAGUAACCGCAAAAGGAAGCACCCAGCGCCGACAGGUGAACAAUGACUACCACAUUGAAAUUGACAGCCUGUAUGCAAAGGAGCCAGUUACCAAAUUGGAGUUUCCCAAGACGCCGACAAUAUCUUCAAUCACUUGCUACAUCCGGCAGGUUGUCCACGGCCAGCUCAAUAGUCCGGCAAUAGAUGAUUGGGCUGAUCUCUACGCGGCCGGACUCGACUCCUUACAGACCGCAUCCAUUGCUAACAUGUUGGAUAAAGCCAUCAACGGCGGGAAUCCCAAUAGUGAAGCACUGGUCACUGCACAAAUGGUCUAUGAUCAUCCAACCAUUUCAGCCUUGUCGCACUUCAUCAAUAGCUUUCUACAUGGGAGCCGCGUGGAGAUGGCUAUAUCUCGAAGAGCAAAGAUCGAUCAUGUGUUGAAGACUUACACUCACGCUCUUCCAGAAAAGGACACACUGUCUAUAUCCAGAGACACCUGCCGGAAGCAUGUUGUUUUACUCACAGGGUCAACGGGGUCUCUCGGCACUUAUAUUCUGAAUGUUCUCCUGGGUGAUCCGUCGGUAGCGAAGAUCUAUUGUCUCAACAGAUCAGAGGGUGCUGAGAAGAACCAGAUGAAGAGCCACCACAAGAGAGGCUUGAGAGUUUGGCAUUUGAACGAUUAUCGGGUUGAAUUUGUGCAUGCAGUAUUCGGGGAGAAUCACCUCGGCCUUCCUGGUACCACAUACUACAGACUGCUCAACACAGUCGAUAUUACCGUCCAUAACGCAUGGGAUGUGAAUUUCAACCGCUCGCUUACUUCCUUUCAGCCUCUGAUCAAAGGUGCUUAUGACCUUUUCGACAUCAGCAGACGAGGUCGAUUCCGCCCGCAUUUCUUCUUUGUGUCCUCAAUAAGCACAAUACAAAAUUGGAAUAUAUCUAUGGGUGGUCGGUCGGCUCCAGAAGACCUGAUACAGUCUCCUGAUGCAGUCCCGCAUCAAGGAUAUGCAGAAUCGAAACACGUCGUUGAGAGACUAUGCUACCAUAUGUCGAGUGUGGCUCGCGUGCCAACGACAAUCCUGCGCGUGGGACAGAUUGCUGGGCCAAGUCUAAGCAUGGGAAAUUGGAACAGAAGCGAAUGGUUUCCCGCCUUGGUGGAGACUUCGAAAAGUUUAGGAAAGAUCCCGAAUCAUCUUGGAAAUGCUAACAAUAUUGACUGGAUUCCAGUUGAUUUUGUUGCAGAUAUAAUAGAAGAGAUUAUGCACACUCGUCUUGAACAACAGGAAGAACACAUCUCCGCUACGUUCCACGUAGUCAAUCCACACACAUCGUCGUGGCAGGAUCUUAUUCGUCCUAUCAAAUCAAAAUACGAUCUGACUGAUGUCGACCUAUCCGAGUGGAUUCAUGAGCUUGAGUUGAUUUCACACCCUAUGACGCAAGACAUGCAAGAGAAGCCUUCUCUCAAGUUAUUACCUUUCUACCGUGGCUUGACAAGUCCCGAUAAAACAUCUUCCAAAAUUGAUACAUCCAAGGCAGAGCGGGCAAGUCCAGCAAUCAGAAGCCUGCAACCCAUAUCUGCAGAUCUGAUGGAAAUCUGGCUACAACAGUGGGAGGGACUUGGAAGAGAUUGA